CUGCUCAGGAAAGGUUUGCGAUGUCCAGAUGAGGAGGAAAAUCUCCAGGUGAAACGACUGAGAUCUGUGAGACAAACUGCUGUAAAGAUGGAGUUUAUUAAAGGAGAGAGUGAAGACAUCAGUAUUACACAACCAUGCAGAAUAAAAAGUGAAGAUACUGACGAACAAAGAGAUCUGAUGGAGCUGAAAGAGGAAAGUCAAGACAUGGAUGAAAUGGAGGAGAAACAUCAGUAUCGGAAACCUGAUCAUUUCAAAUCAGAAGAACAACAUUUGAAUUGCUCACAAUCUGGAAAGAAUUUCUCAAAAAAAAGAACUCAUUCAACAAGAACCAAAAAGAAAUGUCUCACCUGCUCUCAGUGUGGAAGGACUUUCAUUCAUAAAGGAAACUUUAAUCGUCAUAUGAGAAUUCACACUGAAGAGAAGCAAUUGACAUGUCCACAGUGUGGAAUGAAUUUUACUUGCAAAAGAAACCUUCAGGUUCACCAAAGAACUCACACUGGAGAGAAGCCUUUCACAUGUGAUCAGUGUGGAAAUAGUUUCAAGAGAAAAGGAAACCUUAAGAAUCACAUGAGAAUUCACACUGGAGAAAAGCCUUUCACAUGCCAUCUGUGUGAAAAAAGUUUCAGGAAAAAUGGGUACCUUAAGAAUCACAUGAGAAUUCACACUGGAGAGAAGCCUUUCACAUGCCUCCACUGUGGGAAGAAGUUCACAGAGAGAAGCACUCUUCGUAAACACAUAGAAAUUCACACUGGAAAGAGAAGUUUUGUAUGCCAUCAGUGUGGAAAAAAUUUCAAUAAAAAAGGAAACCUUAAAAUUCACACAAAAACCCACAGUGGAGAGAAGCCUUUUACAUGUCAUCAAUGUGGGAUGAGUUUCACAGUUCGAACAGACUUUAUAGUUCAUAUGAAAAUUCAUUUUCUGGAGAAAGGACAUUUAAUUGCUUGUUUGUUAAAUUGAGUAACUUAAGGUGAACUAUGUCAUUUCUGUGACUCCAGCGGCACCAAAUGAAUUGCAGAAAUAAAGUAUGUUUUCAAGCAACUGUUGCUGCACCCUUUUCACUAGACAGUCUUAGAGCAAUUGGGUCUGAUAACAUCUCCAGAUUGAAUGCGUGGAUGUGUUGUACACACUGAAAAAAAAACUUUCAAUUUACAUUGUCUGCUGAAAAUUUGUAGUACAUUCUGGUGGAAAAAAAGUACUGCCAGUACUUUUUAAGUAAAGCUCAAAUGCAUCUUUUUUUUACUUUUUUCAUAAAAUACUGGCAGCUACUAUUAUUCUCAUUAUUCUCUACUAUUAGUCAUUACAGUACAGUUCUGGCAUCCAGAACUUCAGAAUCCUUUCAGGCAUCCUUUCAGCAGUUU